UCGACGACGUUCGGGCGCGCGUGUGAUUUUUUCUCCCAAGCUGCACCGCAUUGUAGAAAAGGAUAGGACAGGCCCUGCCUUGCGUCCACCGCUUUAGGGGUGUGGAUUGCGUGACAGCAAGGGUGAAGGGGGUUUCCCCGAAAAAAAAGUUGGGGUGGCAUUUCUGCGAGGACAGUGGAAUUUUGUGACGAUUCACGCUACUGCAGCUGCACAAACAGUGCUGCACUAAAUCCGGUGCAUGGAGGGAUUUUUGUGACGGGAUUUGCUUGAGGUUGCAUUUUUUCGGGACCGGAAAGGAAUUUCCCACGGUUUUGGUGAGCGGCAAUGAGAUUACUGCGUGGGCCGUUGAUGGCAUUGUGUGUGUGUGUUCGUGGUAGUGUAUCGUCGGAGUGCUCGCGAAAAUAAAAGUUUACGCUGUAAUAACAUAUCUCCCGUGGGAAAAAGCGCGUCAUGUGAUUCUGGCACGGGGAUGGAAGUCGCGUGGUGAAGCUUCACGUGCCAAGAGGUUUGGAACCGAAAAAAAGGUGUCAUUAAUCAUAAGCCUAGAUUAAAAUAAACACGGCAGUCAACGGUCGUCGGCGUGGGUGAUCCCGGGUGCAAAUGUGUGUGCCCGUAUGUUUAAUGAACGAGCAUAGGAUUACACCGACUUACAUAAUACAUCGGGUGAACCGAGUCGAAUAAACCUGCUCAACGGUGAUAAUUGGAUAAAAAGAGUGUUGUUUUACGCGAUUCGAACGAAACAACUCCCCCUUCGAGGGGCAUUCCAUUCGAGUUUCCCCGAAAGCAAUUCCAAGUGAUGCGUAUCGCUCGUGUCGUCAUCACAAACGGACGACGAAAAAAAUAGAGAGGUGAAUAGAGUGAAGUGAAAUCCAGGAAAUUACAAAAGCCAUAAUCCAUUUCCGUUUAGUGAGCCACGUCGAGAAAGUGGGUGAGAGUGUUUAUUGUGUCCACCACCAUCAGUGCAGUGUGUUUGAUGGGUGAAACAACAAUCAAGGAUCCGAUCGAAUGUAGGUGUAGUGCUAGAGCAAACAAAUUUCCACGCCCCACGGUCGACAAUUAAAAAUUGUGACGAUAAAUCACAGGCGUGAAACCAGCGGAAGGACGACGACGACGACGACUAGGACGGCGUCGGUCAUCAGGAAUUGCUGCGUGUUUACUGAAAUGAUUCGAUAACGGUAAUCGUGUGGCACGUAAAAUUGUAUUUGAACUCCAGCUGAACCGGCUUCCCACGGACCUUCAACCCUCUCAUUAUCAUAAACAAGAACAAAACAAAAGCUCCGGCCAUCAAACCAGCCAUCAGAACAAGGCCCAAACGAUAGACAAAACAAAAAGGAAGAACAAACAUAUCCAUCGACCAUCGUGAGUACAACGUAUCACACGGAAAUUACCACUCAUCUAUCCGUCGCAUCGACUGCUGUCACUCGUCAAAACGCUUCACCAUAGUUGGGGGUGGAAAACGCGAAAAACUAUGCGUGCCACCCUGCGGCCCUGACUGCAGUGAAAUGGGAAAACUGACACGGGAAAAACUCCGAGGUGAUAAUUGAUUUCCGAGCGCGAAAGAGGCUCUGGAACGACGAGACAACGUUCACUGUUUGUUUCAUCCACAAUCGAGCCUCGUCAGCCGUUUAAUAAUUAGCACCCACCCAGAGUUUCCCCGAGAGUGGAUAAUAAACAUAAAAAGUAAAUAUUAUUAUCACGAGUGCUACUGCUGGUGGGACGAGCGGGGAUUGUUUACCGGUCGAUGAAAUGAUAUUGGUAAUUUUCUGAUAUUUAUUCCGCGCGUGGUGGGGGUGCGAAUCGGUGCGUAAUAGGGCUCCUAUCGGGAAAUAAAUCGAAAAAUAAAAAACAACUCCCACAUUGAAAGGACCACGUGCAGAAAUAAUUGCUAGUGAAAACAAAUGUGUGCAAUGUGAGUGAAACAUAAAAAAAAUCAACUUAUCAUUCCGUGAUUUCGGGGAAAUGCGAGUGAUGUUGAAGUAUACAAAGUGGUGGCUUUCGGUCCUGGGAAAAUAAUGAUCCAGAGCUGGUACUGAGCUGAUUAAUUAAAAUAAAUUAAUAAUCGGGAAAAUAUCGUUAUAAAUUUCCGCGAAUUGCGUUGUGGGCGUCUGCACCGUGCUGCUCUGCCUGGGUGGGGCGGAAGUGUGAGCCCGAGCGAAGAAGGGUUUUGGGCACGUUGUCCCGGGGAAGUGUGAUGGUGCCAGUGACUAGAAGUAGCAGAAUGGAGAUCCGGAAAAACGUCCCGGCACCGGUGCUGCUGCUGCUGGUGAUGACGGCGGUGCUUCUCGGUGGCACCGGAAGGAUCCACGUGCGAGGCGAGGCGUUCAAAUCAGACGUCCCGGUGCACGUGGAAAGCGUUCUGGUUAACGAUACUGCUCAGAUAAAGUGCGACGUAUCAUCGAAUCUGCCGAACGAUCGGAUACUGCUGGUCGUGUGGUACAAAGAUAAUGUACCAAUCUACAGCUACGACACACGGGUGAAAAGCAACGAGGCUCCGUCGCACUGGAGAGACGGCACCAUCCUGGAAAAUCGUGCCAACUUUAAGCCCCAGCGGGACAAGAGCCGGGCAGAACUGGUCAUCAGUCCAGUUCUGAAAAAGGACGCCGGAGUGUUCCGCUGCCGGGUAGAUUUUCUCCUGUCGCCUACGAAGAACAGCAACGUCAACCUAGAAAUAGUGGUGCCACCGGAGGUGCCAAAAAUCCAGGACUCGAGUGGGUUCGAGCUGCCCGUCCGUGCCGGUCCGUACGAAGAAGGUGGCAUCCUAGAGCUGACCUGUGUGGUGCGGGGAGGAAUCCCCACGCCGAAGAUCAUCUGGUCCAGCAAUGGCAAGGUCCUUCCGAGUACAAUGAUGGAAUAUUCCCACGAGUCCACCCUGAGCAGUAAGUUGGUGGUGCGAAAUCUGUCCCGUGACCACCAGCACACCGUAUACACCUGCCAGGCGAGCAACUUUUUCAAACGGAACGUAACGGCCAACGUGACCAUCGAACUGCGGUUGCGACCCCUGGUAGUGGAAAUCGUCAACGGUAGCACGCCGCUUUCGUCGGACCGGCAUUACGUCGUCCAGUGCCAGUCCAGCGGAUCUCGACCGCCGGCGAAAAUCAGCUGGUGGCUGGACGAGAAGCAACUGAUGGCAACCAACCAGACGACAUCCGAGAACGGGAACUGCACUACGUCCCUGCUGAGCUUUACGCCUACGAGGGAUGACCACGGGCGAACCCUCACCUGCCGGGCCAUCAACGAGCUGGUCAAACGGGGGACGAAGGAAACCUCGAUCAAGCUGAACAUUUUCUAUCUACCCACGCUGAAGCUCGAGCUGGGGACGAAUAUGAAUCCGGAAGACAUCGAGGAAGGAGAUGACGUGUACUUUGAAUGUAAAGUGAAUGCAAAUCCGUCUGCAUACAAAGUGGUGUGGAAGCAUAAUGACCAAGUGGUGCAGCACAACUCGAAAACCGGUGUGAUAAUGAGCAGCACGGCACUGGCGCUGCAAGCCGUCACCAGACAUCAGGCUGGCAACUACACCUGCAUCGCGUCGAACGUCGAAGGAGACGGCGAGAGCAACACCGUGGACCUUAAAGUGAUGUACAAACCGAUCUGCCGGCCGGAUCAGAAGAAAAUCUACGGCGUGGCGCGGAACGAACCGGCCGAGAUCCUGUGUCAGGUGGACGCCUAUCCCCCGCCGGAAUCGUUCAAGUGGUCCUUCAACAACACGGCGGAAACGAUCGAUAUGCCCCAGAGUGGCUACCGGGUGCAUUCCGAUCAGGCGUCCUCCCUGACGUACACACCGGUCAAGGAGCUGGACUACGGGACGAUCAUGUGCUGGGCGGACAACGCGGUCGGUCAACAGCGGGAACCAUGUGUGUUCCAUUUGAUUGCCGCCGGUAAACCGGAGAUGCCGUACAACUGUUCCCUGGUCAACCAGACGUCCGAAUCGCUCGAGGUGAACUGUGGAGAAGGCUUCGACGGUGGUCAGCGGCAAGUAUUCGUGAUGGAGAUCUACGACCAACAGACGCACAUGCUGCUAGCGAACGUGUCAUCCGGGCAGCCGAUGUUUACCGUCCGGGGGUUGGAGUCCGGUCGAUUGCUGAAAAUUGUCAUCUAUGCAACCAACAUGCGCGGUCGCAGCGAAGCGAUCUACAUGCUGUCCUACACCCUGAAACCGGCGGAAAAGCAAACAGGUCCGCACGCCGAGUUCGAAUUAUCGCCGAUCCUAUCGAUUGGGAUAUUUAUUGGCAUUUUAACGGUGAUAAUCUGCAUAAUAAUCGCCGUCGCUGCCGCACUGAAGCUGCGCACCAGCCAGCCCGGCAAGGGACAUCACGCGGCCAGCGGCAACGGCAAGGCUGGUGGCGUCCUCGGCAAACGGCCCAGUAAUCUACCAAUUAAGGAGAAAAUCUCCGUACCGCUCAGCCAGUCGGAGGACAUGUACGACGAGAAGAAUCCGGACGUGGUACCCACGAACGAAGAUCCCGAUUACAAAUUAAUAUCGGCAAAUCAGACCCCCACGGCGCUGCAUAAUUCAUUAUGCAACAGCAAACAUGACAUCAUCGGGCGAACGAUACUGGACGACAGCAGGAAAACCUAUCUAACCGGGUCGUCUAACGAAGUUCACUACGCCGAAUUAGCAUUAGCAAUACCUCACGAUGACAGUAGCAAUAAAAAUCACCUCAAUCAUCUGAAAAAGCUACCGCCCCCUCCGGCCUACAACUAUUUCGACGAACCGACUAUCUACGCCCAGAUCGACCACGGUGGCAGUAACUACAAAACGUCGACCUCGCCGUUUCCACUGAUAUCGCCCGUGUCCCAGCAGCAGGGGCCUACACAGCAGCAACAGCAGCAGCAGUCCCUAAAUCAGUCACAAUUAACGUUACAGCUGCAACAACAGUUGCCAACGGAUCAUCACAGUCACAGCCAACAGCAUACGCCAACCUCGCUGCAAAAUCACCACCAGCAGCAUACCCCGACCUCGUUGCAGCAGCCGCCACCGCAGUUGCAACUGCAUCAACAACAGCAGCAGCAGCAACAGCAGCUGCCUAAUAAUAAUAAACAAUACCUGCGUGAAAUAGUGACAGUGCGGACGCCGCUAGCGUUUUCACAACAGGAGAGUUGUGUUUAAUUAAAACUUACUUCCAACGGCCACUGCACGCGCCUGGCCGUGCGUGUUUGUAUGUAUGUAUGUAUGUAUGUAUGUACACGUACGUAAAAUGUAGGUUAUUUGAAUUAUGUAAAAAGAGAGAGAAAAAAGGGAGCCAGGGGAAAAUGGCUGCCGCAAUAAGGUCAAAUUCGGACACACUGGUUUCGGGCACUGGCCGACUGUGAGUGAGUUUUCAGGUUAAUGGAAUUGCACUGGGUAUUUGAUCCAGAGUUGUGUGGCGUCCGGGAAAAGGCCAUCGUCGUAUUUUACGGAAUGUUCUAGUUAUUAAGCCGCACGUACCUCAUACAGUGUCUGCGGAGCGAACGGAGUACCUUCGCGGCUAGUGAGGAGAGAUCACUCUCAGUUACUAGUA